AUGUCUUCUUCCCACGACAAUUGGCGGCGUCUGCCUCCAAUAAGUACCAUCUCCCCGCCUCCCAAAAGACACAAGUCGGAGUCCACCCCCUUGAGCGAUUCCGGCCUCUCAAGGUACUAUGUAUCCCACUCCGGCUCCGUUCCAUCCAGUGACCGGGCCAGCUCGCGACACGCCUCCGCAGCUAUGGACAUCUACGCCAUCACCGAUCGCGACCCGUCCGAGCGAGACCGAGCCAGAGACCGUGAAUGGGAACGACAAAGGGAGCGGGAGCGGGAGCGGGAACGAGAGCGACUAAGGCAACGCGAGCGAGAUCGCGAGCUGCGUGAUCGCGAUCGUGAAAGGGAACGGAACCGCGAGCUGCAGCGAGACUACGACGCUCGCCGCGCGGCCCGUUUCGCGAGCAAUGGAUCGGUGGCUUCGCAUACCUCCGCCGUCUCACGAGGAUCGCAUUCAUCUCCGCCAAUAGUGGUGGCCGAGCGCAAAGUGUCGGACUACAAGGCCCCGGCUGACUCCACCGAGAAAUACCCCCUCCAGGAAGAGAAUGGACGAAAAUACCAUGGAUAUCACAAAAACAAGUACUUCUUACCCUGUGAUGAGGAAGAGCAGGACCGUCUCGAUAUCUUCCACAAGCUUUUCACCGUGGCGCGGGCUAAGGAUGGCUUAAUCUAUGCCCCGCACACAGACGGGUCUCGAAUUCUGGAUCUGGGCUGCGGAACCGGCAUUUGGUGCAUUGACGUUGCGAGCAAGUUGAAGAAUUCACAUGUCGUGGGGGUCGAUUUGGCCGCCAUCCAGCCUACCGAAUGUCCGAAGAAUCUCGACUUCUAUUCUCCGUUCGAUUUCGACGGCCAGUGGUCAUUAGGAGAGGACUCGUGGGACUUGAUCCACAUGCAGAUGGGCUGUGGAAGUGUCGUCAGUUGGCCGACUCUGUACAAGCGGGCAUUCAGGCACCUGCGACCCGGAGCUUGGUUUGAGCAAGUGGAAAUCGAUUUUGAACCGCGAUGUGAUGACCGGGAUCUCAGCUCGACGGCCAUGCGGCAGUGGUACAAGCUACUGAAGAAAACUACGGAGGCCAACAACCGGCCAAUUGCCCACGAUUAUCGCCAAACCAUCGCCGACUUGCAAGCAGCUGGCUUCACUCAAAUCGACCACCAAGUGAUAGGUCUCCCAAUGAAUCCGUGGCACGAUGACGAUCACGAGCGCCAGGUCGCCCGGUGGUACAAUCUUGCCAUUUCUGAGAGUGUUGAGACGCUCUGUCUGGCUCCUUUUACUCGCACGGAACCUGCCUGGGAUCUCGCUAGCAUUCGGCGCUUGGCACACAAUGUGAAAACCGAAGCGUUCAAUCGGGAGAUCCGUUGCUACAACAUCCUGCAUAUUUAUCAAGCGCAAAAGCCUUUCCCCAAUUGA